GGCGGGGCGGGGAGGCGCCCGGCUCCUCCAGCCCGCCCCGGCGCGGCGCGGCGCGGGGGAGGCGGCGGCUGCCUCCAUGCUGCAGCGAGCGGCACGGCUGCCCGGGGCCGGGGGGCAGCCGGCGGCGCGGAGGAUGGGCGCGGCAGCCACCGCGGAGGGGCGAGCCGUGGGCGCCGAGCACCCCGCCCUGCCCCGCUGCAGCGCCCGGCGCCGCGGCUGCUCCGCCUGAGAGCGCCCGGCGCGGAGGGGCGCGGAGCCGCAUGGCCCUGCCGCCCGCCGCCCCUGCGCGCUGCGCGGCCGCUCCGCUCUAGCGGCACACCCCCACCCCCACCCCCGUCCGCCCCCCGCCCCGGGAGGCGCCGUCCCGGCGGCGGGGCUGACCGCGGCCGCGCUCCUCGCCCCGUCCCCGUCCGUCUGGCCGCCCGCCCCUCCGUCCGUCCGUCCGUCCAGCGGCAGCGCCCCGGCGCGCAGGAUUACGCAGCUGGGCGAGGAUUAACCUGGCGCAGGUACACGGCAAGGUCACCGGCCGGCGGGCGCGGAGCUGGCCGCCCGCGGCGGGGCGAUGCGAGCGGGCUCGGCGGGCUGCGCCGCUGCGUGCCCCGCGCCGUCCCCCCGCCUCCCGCCCGCCGCCGCCGCCCGUGCGUGUGUGCAUGUGCGCUGCCUGCCGCCGCCCGCCGCCGGAGCCGCGCCGCCGCGCCGCAUGGGGCCGUCCGCGCCGGCUGCCCUGCCCGCCCCGGCCGCGGGCCGCCGCCGCCGCCGCGAAGCCGCUCUAGGAUGCGGCUGGUGAGCGCCGGCACAGGGCGGAGAGGCGGCCAGCCUGCCCGCCGCCAGAGCCCGGAGCCCGCCGGAGCCCGGCCGCACCUGCAGGGGAAGCGCUCCGGACGCCGUCCUUCCCCGGGAGGCGCCAGGCUCUUGAACCUGAUCUACAAUGGAAAAACUGCUUUUGUUUCUGCUGUUCAUUGGCAUAGUGGUGAGAGCUCAGAUCUGCCCAAAGCGCUGUGUCUGUCAGAUUUUGUCUCCGAACCUUGCCACCCUUUGUGCCAAGAAAGGGCUCUUAUUUGUUCCUCCCAACAUUGACAGGAGGACCGUGGAGUUACGGCUGGCAGACAACUUUGUUACAAACAUUAAAAGGAAAGACUUUGCUAAUAUGACCAGCCUGGUGGACCUGACGCUGUCCAGGAAUACAAUCAGUUUUAUUACACCUCACGCAUUUGCUGAUUUGCGCAAUUUGCGGGCUUUGCAUUUGAACAGCAACCGAUUGACUAAGAUCACCAAUGACAUGUUCAGCGGGCUCUCCAAUCUUCACCACUUGAUACUUAACAACAACCAGCUGACUUUAAUUUCUUCCACAGCUUUCGAUGAUGUUUUAGCUCUUGAGGAAUUGGAUUUGUCUUACAACAAUCUGGAAACCAUCCCCUGGGAUGCAGUGGAGAAGAUGGUUAGUUUGCACACUCUCAGCCUAGACCACAACAUGAUCGACCAUAUUCCUAAGGGGACCUUCUCCCACCUCCACAAGAUGACCAGGUUGGAUGUCACGUCUAACAAACUGCAGAAGCUACCACCUGAUCCUCUCUUCCAGCGAGCUCAGGUACUAGCAACCUCAGGAAUUAUCAGCCCCUCGACUUUUGCGUUGAGCUUUGGUGGGAACCCUUUGCAUUGCAACUGUGAGCUUUUGUGGCUGAGGCGUCUUUCGAGGGAAGAUGACCUGGAGACCUGCGCUUCUCCCAUGCUCUUGUCCGGCCGGUACUUCUGGUCGAUCCCCGAGGAGGAGUUCCUGUGCGAGCCUCCUCUCAUAACCCGGCACACCCAUGAGCUGCGGGUGCUCGAGGGCCAGCGGGCAGCGCUGCGGUGUAAGGCCCGGGGGGACCCCGAACCAGCAAUUCAUUGGAUUUCACCUGAGGGGAAGCUGAUUUCCAACGCAACGAGGUCUGUGGUAUACGACAACGGGACGCUCGACAUCCUUAUAACGACGGUGAAGGAUACGGGCUCCUUCACCUGCAUUGCUUCCAAUCCGGCUGGGGAGGCCACGCAGACGGUGGACCUGCACAUAAUCAAACUCCCCCACUUGCUGAACAGCACCAACCACAUCCACGAGCCUGACCCCGGCUCCUCGGAUAUCUCCACUUCCACCAAGUCGGGCUCCAACGCAAGCAGUAGCAACGGGGAUACUAAAGUCAGCCAAGACAAGAAGGUGGUUGUUGCGGAAGCAACAUCCUCUACCGCUCUGCUGAAAUUCAAUUUUCAGAGGAACAUACCUGGGAUACGUAUGUUCCAAAUCCAGUACAACGGUACUUACGAUGACUCCCUUGUUUACAGAAUGAUACCUCCCACAAGCAAAACCUUCCUGGUCAACAACCUGGCCGCUGGGACUGUGUAUGACCUGUGCGUCCUGGCCAUCUACGACGACGGGAUCACCUCGCUCACUGCCACCAGGGUGGUGGGCUGCACACAGUUCACCACCGAGCAGGAUUACGUGCGCUGCCACUUCAUGCAGUCCCAGUUCCUGGGUGGGACCAUGAUUAUCAUCAUUGGUGGGAUCAUCGUGGCCUCCGUGCUCGUGUUCAUCAUCAUCCUCAUGAUCCGCUACAAGGUGUGUAAUAACAACGGGCAGCAGAAGGCCACCAAGGUCAGCAACGUGUACUCGCAGACGAACGGGGCUCAGAUCCAGGGCUGCAGCGGGGUGCUGUCGCAGUCGAUGUCCAAGCAGGCUGUCGGGCACGAAGAGGGCAUCCAGUGCUGCAAGGCUGCCGGCGACGGCGUGACGCAGUCACCGGAGACCGGCCCCAGCCAGGACUCGGCCACCACUACCUCUGCUUUGCCUCCCGCCUGGACUUCCAGCACUUCUGUCUCCCAGAAGCAGAAGCGAAAGCCGGGGCCAAAGCCAAGCAGCGAGCCGCAGAGUGAAGCUGUCAGCAGCAUCGAGUCCCAGAACACUAACAGAAAUAACUCCACUGCCCUGCAGUUAGCUAGCCGUCCCCCCGACUCUGUCAAAGGGGCCCCCACAUACAAAAGAGCACAAUCAAAGCCAAGUAAGUUCCUCACUUUGCCAGCUGACGCAUCCCGAGCCAAGCGCCGGCUCUCCCUGGGCGGUGAGCUGAUGGAGUUCCAGGGCUCCGGCAGCGCCCGGGGCGCCGGUGGAUUGCGGUCCAAACGGAGCAUGUCCAUGAAUGGGAUGCUAGUCCAGUCAGACAGCUCUGAUGUGGAUAGCGGAAAAGCAACUUUCUCCAGUUCUGAGUGGAUAUUGGAAAGCACUGUGUGACCUGCUUUUUUUUUUCUUUUUUUUUUUUUUUUAUUUUAAUUUUUAUUUUAAUGAAAAACAAAACACCAUACGUUGUGCGAAACUCCCUCUCCUGGGGAAUUGGAUUUGGAAGUCCGCUGUUGUCUCGCUGAUUAAUGGCUUGUUCAUGCGGGGUUCUGUAUAAGCCACCCAGUGCACACAGGGUUUUAUUUAGUUUUCAUUUGAUUUAAUUUAAUAUCAAAACCGAAGGCAACAUUCAGAGAUUAAAAAAAAAAAAAAAAAAAAGGAAAAAAAAGAUUAAGGGGUGAAAAAAAGCAUGAAACAGCACCAGUGCCUUCCCUACUCUAGCUCUAGGACUGGCUUCCUGGUUCUGCAGUAGCAGAAAACAAAAGAGAGAGUUUUCACAGAAAAAGCCUUUUAUAAAGGAAAUGAGAUUUCCUCCAAGCUAACAAAUAACCACUUCUGGAUCAAUCAGUAAAAUGAUAUUUUUUAAAACGGUCAGACUGUAUAUUUCUUUUCCGUGACAAUGGUGUUGCCUUUGUUUUUAGGCAGAUGCUGUACAGAAGCAACAACGCUGUGUUGUUAUGUUGUGUAAAAUAAAAUAUUCGCUCCGUACACCAGCCCGCCUCGCGGUAACUGCCCGCCCAGGAGCCGUGCCCGGGGCCCGCGGGCACCGCUCCGCCCGGCGGGUCCCACCGCGGGGCCAGGAGGAGGAGGAGGAGGAGGAGGAGGGUGCUGCGGUGAGGGGCCCCUCUGCCCCCGACGGGGUCCAGCUCGCUGGGGCUGGGCACCCGCGCAGCAGCCGGGUCUCCCCGAGAGGGUGCCCGACCUGCGGUCCCUGAGCACCCUCAUCCCGCAGCCAUGGCUUUGCCUCGUGCCAACGCCCGAAAAUAGCGUUGCCUUUUGGCACUAGCGAUCA